AUGUACAUGGACGGCAGCACAUCCCCCCUCAGCAGCUUGUCAGAGCUUUCUGAAGACGAUGACGACAUGUCAUCCCUCAGUUCGUUGUCUGAAAUGUCAGAGGACGGUGACGGUGAAGCCCACGAGGUCGUUACUGAUGGCAGGCUCGUGUCACAAGCAGCGGCUGCCAUCAAAGGUGAGGAAAAGAGCCACCUUCGCAAGGUAACAGCAGUACCGCAUCCUAAGACGGUGCUUCUGAAGCCCAGUGCUUAUCAACGCACGUCUGGCAAAAGUAAGUCUGGCAAACGCAAGUCUGACAGACAUACUUUGGGCAAGCGCAAGCAACAGCAGCGCUUGUUACAACACAUAUAUCACGACUUACAGUACUGGGCGGACGAAGCGCCGGUCUACAAGCUUCAAGGUGUCAACCUGCAAAAGCUGCAGAGCCGAACCAAGAAUGCGCCGAAAGACAAAGAGAAGGCGCGGGCGAUCAUUAGAGAGAUGGAGUCAUGGGAGAGCGACGGAGCGUCGGGAGUUUUUCAAGAUGAGGUGGGGAAUACCCUGGUCGCCUACUUUGGACGGCGUGUCAAGGCCGAGGUUAAUACUGACAGAAUGUCCCUUGAUCCUGUUGCCUACAAUCCAGGGCCUAAGGCGCCUUCUGCACUGGGGCGAUCCCCAGCAUGCUUGGACAAGGCUGAGAGAGACGGCAAAAAAGUAUAUUCAGACGGACUCAAGAGGGAGACCCUUGAUAAGGUGCAUGUAGCAACGCAGCUGCUGGUGCACCAUAUCGGCAUGGAACAUGCCAAGCGGGACGGUCGCCACGAUAAAGGCGACUUUUUAAUGAGGUACCCCAAGGACUGCGGUCCGCCUGGUGGUCCCAUGACCGAAUCUGAAGAUCGUCAAAGUUUCGUAUUAGAGGGCGUAGAGUAUGUAUACCAUGACUAUACCUUCACCUCUGAGACUACUGGCGUCCUACACCUGGUCCAUGGAUGGCCAGACCAAGCGCAUGACGCGACAAAGUACGGAAUCCAUCCCUCCAAAAACAUGGUGUCUGGACCCCACGGGGCACCACAAGUCCACGCAUACUUUAAUGCCACUGAGACCUUGGCGUUACGCUUGGCCGUGAUGUUUCGGAAGGCCUUUCCCGAGUUCUACAAGAAAUACCGGAAGGCGUUCGAUGCAGGCAAGUGGACAGUAGUCGAUCCUGGCCCCUUUCUUGGUAGAGUCAUCGUGUGGAAGUUGUCUGUGAGCCCACAUCAGGAUGGCCUAGACGAGGGGCCGGCUGUCAUCUUCCCAAUGGGGCGUUUCGAGGGCGGUGAAUGUUACCUCCCUGAUUUGAAGCUGAAACUUUCGUACCGCCCAGGGGAAGUUAUAAUCUUAAUGGCGGGCGCACUAUACCACAGUAUAGGAGAGUGGACGCCAGCCCCUGGAGUUUCAAAGGAUGGACUUACCCCAGGGCGUAUAGGUAAUGUCUGGUUUUUUCCUCAUUCCUCUUAUGAGGUUUUGAAGGACAAACCGGCCAAUUGGGCUCUUCAAAGUGCGGGGGGCACUAUAACCAUCCAAAGUCAUACCUAG